AUGGAGUUGAAGGUUUUUACUGACAACAUCGUCAACAUGAUCCUCAUAUUUCUCAUCAGUCACUUUCUCAGUCUUCUGGUUUCAGGUUCUUCUUCCACUGAACGUGUGAGCCAGACGCCACCAAACAUUCACAGCAAACCAGGAGAAAAAGCUGAAAUCUACUGCUCACACAGCAUUGAUAGCUACAACACAAUUCUGUGGUACAAGCAGUCCCAGGGAGAGCUGCAGCUCCUUGGAUAUAUGUUUUUAACAGACGGCUAUCCAGAACCGGGACUGGAUGUGAAGAUGCACGGAGACGCAAACAAGAACAAGAACAGCACGUUAACCAUGGAGAAACUCCAAGUCAACAGCAGUGCAGUGUACUUCUGUGCAGCCAGUUACCACAUGUCUUCUCAAAGUGAUCAAGUUCACCAGAAUCCUCGUCACGUUUACUCCCAAACUGGAGAAACAGCCACAAUCACGUGUCGGCAUGAACUUCAGGACUACACCCUGAUCCUCUGGUACAAGCAGCCCAGCGGCAGCAGCCACAUGGAGCUCCUCGGACACAUGAAUGUGAAUAGCGAGCUGAUGGAGGACGGAGUGACGGCGAAGCUGAGCGGCGGUGCGAUGAAGGGUCAAACGUGCACGUUCACAGCCGAGAAGCUCCAGCUCAGCAGCACUGCUGUGUACUUCUGUGCUGCUUCUCGGCACAGUGCAACUUUUCCCUGCUCCUCAAUACAAAAACCAGCAUGA